AUGCCAAAGUAUGCAAAGUUUAUGAAAGACCUGCUCACUAACAAGAGAAAAGUGGAGGAAUUGGAAACAGUGGCAUUACCAUGGAACUGUUCUGCAAUGAUUCAAAGGAAGCUCCCUGAGAAGUUGACUGACCCCGGGAGUUUCAUUAUUGCAUGUGUGAUUGGGGAGGUCAUGAAAGAAAAGGCCUUGGCAGAUUCUGGGGCCAGCAUUAAUGUAAUGCCCUACAAGCUGUUUUUGAAAUUCGGAUUGGAAGACAUGCGGCCUACACGGAUGACAAUACAACUUUCGGACAGGUCUAUAAAGAAACCUCGAGGUGUUGUUGAGGAUGUGCUAGUUAGAGUAGACAAGCUCAUUGUCCUGGUGGAUUUUGUUAUUCUUGAUUUGGAUGAUGAUGUUGAAGUCCCAUUGAUCCUCGGGCGAGCAUUUCUUAACACCGCCGGCGCCCUUAUUGAUGUAAAGGGGGGCGGGGAGGAUGACAUUGAGGGUGGGGGAUGA